AACCACGCGAGAUGUAAACACGAGGAACCAUGUGCAUGUGUUACUGUCAGAUAGUGAAAUAAACAAUCUAAAAUGCCUCCAAAACAUAACAAAUCAUUAAUUGAGUGGCAUCAAUGUAUCAAGUGCAAUGUUAUUGUUCAUGCUAAAGAACUGUCAAAGCAUAAAACUGAAUGCGAUUCUAAUAAACCGUUAUCUCAUGGACACAUUCAUGAGAAUACAUUAUUUGCCAGCUCCCACAACUAUGUUCAAGAGAAGCUCAAAUCUCUAGCACACCACUUGAAGAAUGCAGUGAUAUUUCUACAUCCUUCCACAAUGCAGAUGUGUGGAUUAGUGAUAGGUGGCAUUUGCGUCGUAAACGAUGUGACAGUGCGUUUAAGUUUUCCUUGUACGUUUGAGUCGGCCACAUCGGUUGGGGUCAUGAAAGAGGACCAGGAGCUGAUUGACGCUGGACCCAUGAUUAGAAUACAGCGGCUCAAUUCACAGAACAUUAAGGUGGCCGAUGAAGUAAUAUUUUCAUGCAGUAAAUCAGAAUAUUUAACCCAUGGGGAAUCAUUUCUAAAGCAUUUGCACCAGGCCAUAUUAGGAAAGAAUAUCUGCUUGAAAGGGACACUGACUGUUAAUUACUUUGGACAGAAAUACUUAUUCAAAGUUCUAUCUGUGCAAGAACUGCAUGACCAACAACAAACAUUUCAGUUUGCUAACACUUCUUCUGGAGUUGAUUGUGUUUCAAGUCGCUUGGCAGACUUGAGUGUCACAGAUAUUCCAACGCCUGAUGUCAGUUUGAACACAUCAUUUCUGGCUGACCCAGAUCCUAGUGCCGAUAAAUCUUUGUCAACUCCAGUGAAACACGGGGACACCAACAUCUUAAGCUCAGCUUUUAAUAGAUUAGAAUUCUCUGCAAACUCAGAGACCCCGGAUGGUCAAGUUUGCCAGUCACCUGCGGGUGAUGCCACAUUAUCCUCUUUGGAGAAGACCCCCAACACUAAGCUAAAGUUUGACCGCCAGAGUUUUCAGACCCCAGAACAGAUCCAGAAACCUCUGACUCAUUGCGAACCCAGUGGUUCAUCUGGUAACGCGUUCUAUCGAAUAACGACAGAAACCCGAGUGAGCGUGCAGGAAUGUCGGGACCAAACCACUGACUCGGUCCCCAGUGUUGCAUACGGAGGUGUACGUUACUCAGACAUUGGGGGCAUGGAUACACACAUCAAGUCUCUGAGGGAAAUGAUAGAUACCCCGUUGAAAUCUCCGGAAUUGUUUCGUUCAUAUGGCCUACCCCUGCCCCGUGGAGUGCUGUUGUUUGGGCCCAGUGGGUGUGGCAAGUCCCUGUUGGUGAGAGCCGUUGCUAACGAGACCAACAUUAAUGUUGUUUAUGUCUCUGGGCCGGACAUAUGGAGCAAGUAUUUUGGGGACACAGAGACAAAACUGAGAAACAUUUUCCAGACUGCAGCAAAAAAGGCCCCCAGUUUGAUAGUGUUGGAGGACGUGGAGGUCUUGUGUCCAAGACGAGCCAACUCCCACAGUGAGAUAGAGAAACGAGUUGUAGCUAGUCUCCUCACCCUUAUGGAUGGAGUGUCACAGGCAGACAAUGGAAAGUUUGUGAUGGUGCUUGGAACUACAAGCAAGCCGGAUGACAUAGACCCAGCAUUACGACGUCCCGGACGCUUUGACCGGGAACUUGAGAUAGGAGUGCCCUCUGCCUUGGACAGAAGACAGAUCCUUGCAUGCCUGCUGGGAAAGCUGAAUCAUUCCCUGACUGACUCUGAGGUACGGGAGCUGGCCGAUGCAGCCCACGGAUAUGUGGGGGCUGACCUUGCUGCACUGUGUAAAGAAGCCAGCCUGCACUGCCUCCAGCAACAUGCACAGAGGCAGCAGGGGCAUAGCAUUCUGAUCCAACCCCAGAUCUGCUUCACGGACCUGCGAUUCGCUAUGACCAUCAUACAGCCCAGUGCCAUGAGGGAGGUUCAGAUAGAGGUCCCAAAGGUGCUGUGGAGUGACAUAGGCGGUCAGGAGCAGAUCAAAUUGAAGCUGCGACAGGCAGUCGAGUGGCCUCUAAAGCAUCCCGAAGCCUUUACCCGCCUCGGCAUUUCCCCACCCCGGGGCGUGCUUAUGUAUGGGCCCCCGGGAUGCUCCAAGACCAUGAUAGCCAAGGCCCUUGCUACUGAGAGUGGACUUAACUUUAUUGCAGUAAAGGGUCCUGAGCUGUUCAGCAAGUGGGUGGGGGAGUCCGAGAGGGCGGUGCGCGAGGUGUUCCGGAAGGCACGCGCUGCGGCGCCUUCAAUCGUCUUCUUUGAUGAGAUCGAUGCUCUGGCCGUGGAGAGAGGCAGCUCGUCAGGUGGAAGUCAAGUUGCAGACCGCGUGCUGGCCCAACUGCUCACAGAGAUGGAUGGUGUCGAGGGACUCAAGCACGUGACCAUCGUGGCGGCCACCAAUAGACCCGACAUGAUUGACAAGGCCUUACUGCGCCCCGGACGUUUUGACCGCGUGUUGUACGUACCCCUUCCCGAUCUUGCCGCAAGGCGACAGAUAUUUGCUCUCCGUCUGAGGACGAUGCCUACUGCACACGACGUCACCCCGGACUCGCUAGCGGACCACACGGAUGGGUAUUCGGGAGCAGAGGUGGUGUCCGUUUGUCAUGAGGCGGCCCUGUUUGCUCUGCAGGAGGACAUCAGUAGCAUAUGCGUCCGGUGGGGCCAUUUCCGGUCGGCGCUAGCCGCCGUAACUCCGAGGACCGGCGCCGACAUGUUGGCUUUCUAUGAACGCUACCAGCAGAAAUCUGGCCUACACUUUAUAUGAGGUUGAUCACGUGCAAAAUUGCUGAUAUGGUAUAAUUUGUUGUUUGUUCUUAGAAAAUAUAUGAGUCUGUGUAUGGAAAUAAAAACCUGCUUGUUAUGCAGUACAAGGGCUUCGAAUAA